AUGGCGUCGGCCAGCGACGGGAUGGAUGCUGGUGCUGCCAAUGGCGCGCUCAAGCGCAAUGAAAAGAAACGGUCGUUCAAGUUGCUGUCGCGGCUCAACAGCUUGACCUCGUUCGGCUCUGCGCUGCCGCCGCCAACUCCGACGGGAACGAGUGCGACGUCGUCGAGUCCGGUCAUGAGUAGCACCAAUAGCGGCAGUGACAGCGCGAGCGGCAGCGGCUCAGCAACGCCACUAUUCGCUUCCGCUGCCACUGCUAUUGCCGCCGAUGAGACACGGCCACCGCGGCUGGACGAGGACGACGAAACCGAGCGAGAGCACGAGUCCACCACCACCACCACCACCACCACCACGAGUACCGCUGCCUCGGCAGACUCGCCUGUUCCUGCUGCUUCAGCAACGUCGUCAUCAGCGCCAGGGUCUGGAUCAUCGUCACCAGCAGGCGCGGCGGUCACUGCAACCAACAGUGGCAGCAGCAGCAGCAGCAGCAGCACAAGCCAUAGCAUCAACAGUCAUAGUAGUAGCAAUGCUGCGAUUCGAGGCUCAUCCACCCUUGUUCGUCGAAGCUCAGCACUGUCCCCUCCUCCGCUCAAUCUGGCGCAACCAACACCGCCACCAUUACAGCCCAGUUCACAAGGCACGCCAAUAUAUUCCACGCCCUUGCAAGCCACGUCCUCGCACGCGUCCUCCAGCCGAGACCGCUUUUCGUUCUCGUCCUCGGGCUCGUCCAGCUCGCUGGCCAUGCUUGCGGCAACGGAAGAAGUGCUGCCCGAUGUUGUGUUUACGCUUUCCCGCAAGAAGGCCUCGGCCGUUGCUCAGCUCCAUCUCCAGCAUCAACAGCAGGCGCAGCAGGUUCAGCAACAGCUGCUGCAACAGCAGCAAUCGCAGCAGCCGACAUCGCCCCAACCGCUGCCUUCGCCUCCACCACGCACUAGUAUUGAUUCAGUGACGUCAAACAGUUCCAGCUCGUCUGACAGCAGCAGCGCGGGUACCAGUUCGACUGCCCCUGCACCCUUGCCUGCACCCGUUCAACCGGUUUCUUCCGCGUCCCUCCGCUCGUCGUACACGGCCGUGGACCGAAAGGUGAAGGCCGCGUCGUUUGGCCGCCUGAUUGAGCGACUUGCUCCAUACGAUGCGACUGCCGUCGAUAAUUUCUUCAUGAGCGUCUUUUUCACCACAUACCGCGCAUUCGCACGUCCUCCCGAGGUCCUCACAGCCUUGUGCGAUCGAUUCUCCCAACCCAUUAAUGCGGACGUGUUGGUGUCCACUGCCGCCUACGCGGAGCGCUUUGUGGCACAGGCGGCCGCAGCUGCAGCAGACGCUUCCAGCACCAGUGCAUCUUCAGCAGCACCGCCGGCGGAUGCUGAAGCCGAUACGUCUGAUUCCUUGUUUAGCUUCAUGACGGCCCAGUUCCGUCACCUCCAAGCCACCCGCAAUGUUGACCCCACUCCACCACUCUCCGCAGCAACCAGCUCGGAGGACAUGUUAAUCACCCACCGAGACACUCACAGUGCUCUCCCGAUUUUGUUAGAAGCCAGCUCUUCUUUGCAGCAAUCAGAGCCACAAUCAGAGCCACAACCACAGCAACAGCAACAGCAACAGCAACAGCAACAGCAACAGCAACAGCAACAGCAACAGCAACAGCCGUCGCACCCACCGCUUUGUCGGGUCUCGUCGUUGCCGAUGCAAAUACCAAACAGCUCCAUCACCCCGUUUGCCACAGUCCGGUCUGGAGGGCAUCGCCAUCAUCGCCAGUCUCUCGAAAACCAGUCUCCCACACUUGGAAGCUUCUCAGCAUCAUCGCUACCAGUCAACUUUGCCCACUUGCAUGGCUAUUCGAGUGCCGAACUCGGCCGCGACCGCAGGGACUCUGUCGCCUCCAAUGUGUCUACGACCUCGAGCAGCUCUGAUGCGAAUGCGUUGGCGUCCUCCGUCGAGGCACUGAGCGGCGGUCACUCGGCGUCUGCCCCAGAGCACAUUCCUGACGACUUUGUCUCGAUGGUCCGCCUCCGCGUCACGUUUGCCUUUUCAGUGUGGAUUAACCAGCAUUGGUACGACUUUCGAGAUGCGCUGGGGCAGCAAUGCCUCACGCAGUUGCGCGAGUUUCUCGAAACGACCGUGUGUGCCAAUCCCGGCACCACCAACCUCGGCCAGCUUCUCGUCCGCACCAUUGAUUUCAAAGUCUCCAACCCCACGUCCGGUAUGUGGCAGCUUCCCACCCCACAGACUUCUGCCGCGUCGUCGGCAUCCCCCAGCAUCGCGUCGCUCUCGGCUCACGCGCCGUCGGCUGCCUUGUCCGGUCUCUCUUCUUCCCACUUGCAUGGGCACUCUCACAAACGACGCGUGUCCGAGUCGCGGCUAUCGGGCUCGUUUGGGUUUAUGUCGCGCUUGAGCAGCUCCGGCGGGUCGGGCACGCACUCGCCAAACCCAGCCGCCGUGCCAAGCCCCGCCGUGUCAGCGUUGCCGUCACCCAUGAUGCUGGCCUCAACCUCUGGCUCGUUCAACGGCACCGCCAAUCCCAUCAGCCCCACCGGUGACUCGGAGCAGACAGUGGCGGCAUUCCCAUCCCUGUCGCUUCGUCACCUCGACAUCAACGCAGCCAACUUUGCACGGCAGCUCACCCUCGUUGAGGCAGCUCUGUACCGUGAUGUCAUGCCUUCCGAGUGUCUCGGAUCCGGCUGGACCAAAAAGGACAAGGCCGUGAAGAGUCCGUCCAUUGUGGCAAGCAUCCAGCACUUCAACCGAGUGUCGACUCUUGUCAUGACGGAGGUAUUGCGACCGGAAGACCGCGUCUCUCGCGUCGAGCAAAUGGUCUUUUUCAUCGAGGUGGCCAAGGAGUGUCGAGUACUGUGCAACUUUGCCUCGCUCAAGGCGAUCGUUUCUGCUUUGCAAUCGACUCCCGUGCACCGUCUCAAAAAGACCUGGAGCCUGAUGAAAAAGGACCACGUCGCAACGUUCGAAGACUUGUGUGAUCUCGUCUCGGAGCGUAGCAACUACCAGCGCCUUCGCGACACGUUGCGGACUACCAACCCUCCCUGCAUUCCGUACCUUGGUUGCUUCUUGACCGACCUCACGAUGGUUGACAGCGCCAACUCUGACCUCUAUGGAUCGACCCAGCUGAUCAAUUUCGAGAAGCGACGCAAGGAGUUUGAGAUUAUUGAGGUUGUUUGUUGGUUCCAGCGCAACUGCCAGUACUCGUUGAUUCCCGUGCCGCACUUCCAAUCGUGGCUCUCAAACGCCCUUGUACUGAACGAAGAUGAGUGCUACAAGCUCUCUUUGAUUCGAGAAGCACGUGAAGACAGCAGCUCUGCCGCCGUGUCGGCUGCGCUGUUGGCUGCUGCGCUCAGCGGUGGCGCUUCUACACCGCUGCCCGGCAAGUCUACGUCCGCGCUGGCCACAUUGUCCACGCCAUCUCCCGCACCAGAGCCGGCCCUCGGGACGAGCGUUGAUUCCAGCUCCAGUAGCACAGGCAGUCCGCUUCGCCGCUCGUUCAACUCUGCGCCGUCCCUCAGUGCCAUUCUCGAGCAGCAGCAGCAGCAGCAGCAACAACAACAACAAACAAACUCGGCAGUUGACAAACCACCCACCGCAGUACAGCCAGUCAAUGCAACUGAAGAAGCGUCCGCCAACACUGGCGAAGCAAGCACCACGUCUCCGCCAUCCGCCUCGCUCGGUCCUGCCCAGACCGAAGCUCCAGUUUCCAAGCUUGCGCUGUUGCUCCAAGACUCCAUGUCCAGCGAGCUCGUCACGAGUCUGGAAGAGCGCAACUCUGCUGUGGACCGGUUGCGCAAAUUUAUCGCAUCGCGUCCAACCAGUCUGAGGAACUUUUAUGAUACCAAUGUUAAGGCAUUCGGUCGACAAGACUCUUCUUUCAUGACCCCCGUGGAUCCUGGCUCUCCGCGCGCCAAAAAGUCGUCCAAGCCGCUUGCAUUGAGUAGCCGUGCCGGAUCGUCCGAGUUAUUGGCCCAGGUGGAGACUGCGGCCUCAGUCCCCACCGACCCAGAUGCUGUGCCAAUUCGUGUGCGAGCAGGCCCUUCCAUCACGCAGCGACUCAGCAAGAAAAAGUCGGACAAGAUCAAGACCAUAGUUGUCAACCCCAACGCAACGGAAGCCAGUGUCAUUAUUCAGGCUCUCGAGCGACUCAAAAUCCACGAAGCGCCAGAAAACUGUCGCUUGGUUUGCGUCACGUCGCGUGGCUUGAUCCGAUUUUCGGACGAGAGUGUCUUCCUGCCUCCCCAGGAAGAUGGCAUGGAGCCUCCGCUGUUUGUGCUCGAAGCGACGGGUGCAGACCUACUCAGUCGGGCAACCUCGCCUGCUCGCGCCCGGUUCCUGCGUGCUCAGUCUGCAGGCCCCAACGCGUUUGCUCCGGCCCUUCUUCAGCGCCAGUCGCUCAGCAUGAACGAAGAUGCCAGCGAACUUCCAGACCAUCUUAGUAGUCUCCUUUCAAGCCCGCUAUCUGGCAAUAGCGAAGGAGACGUGUCCUCCUCCCCCUACACGAGCCAAGAGGACAUGCUUCCUCCCGGAACGUCCAGUGUUCCGGAGACGUGCUUGUAGGGGAGGCGAGCUUUUUUUUUUUUUUUUUUCC